AUGGCAACCAUCUACGUCUUAAUGUUGCUCCUAAAAUUGGUCAUUUCAAGUCACCAAGAGCAAUGCGUAAUAUCCAAGUACGAAGAUGUGGAAUCCGUUAUCUCCAACUGCACCGACAUCGCCAUAGACGACCUCAUCGUUCCCUCCGCAACGACCCUUACACUGAACCUUCAAGAGGGAACCAAAGUUACCCUGAGGGGAAAUAUCUCCUUUGAGUUUGGUUAUUGGAGUGGACCGGUGGUUCUGAUUGCGGGAAGUUCACUCACAGUCGUUGGAGAACCAGGUGCGGUUUUCGAUGGUCAGGGAGAACGCUACUGGGACGGUCAAGGCACUUGGAGCACUUUUGAGAAACCCAGAUUCUUGCGCAUCGAAGCCCGAGACAGCAUGUUCUCAAACAUCAAAAUUCUGAACUGUCCAGUAGCCUGCAGCAAAAUAAACGUAUCCAGCAACGUCAUAAUUGACAACUGGACCAUUGACAAUUUGGCGGGUGACGAGGGAGUAGCCCCUCCUCAAAAAUUUGCUCAUAAUACGGACGGAAUACAAGUUAGAGCUUCGACCAAUGUGACCAUAACAAACUCGUCUAUUUCCAAUCAGGAUGAUUGCGUGGCAAUCAAUUCAGGUUCGAAUUUCCUUGUGGAGGGCUUGUAUUGCCACGGAGGUCACGGACUGAGUAUAUCGGUGGGUUUCGAAAAUGCCACUUUUGCCGAAAACUCGGUAGAUAACGUGACAAUAAGAAAUUGCGCUCUGGUCAAUGGUGAAAAUGGAAUUCACAUUAAAACGCACGCCGACGCAACUAACGGAAGAAUAAGUAACGUGCUCUACGAGAAUAUCAAUUUCGAAGGACCCGUCUUGUACGGCAUCAACAUCCAACAAAACUACCGAAAUCUACCGGCAAACGGUACCAUGGAUCCUACCCCGGUGGGCAACAUCCCCAUAGUCAAUUUGACGUUUAGAAAUAUUGUCGGAAAAGUAGCUGCAUCCGCUGUACCUGUGUACAUAAUAUGCGCUGAUGGGGCUUGUCUUAAUUUCGACUGGCACAAUGUCUCCGUAACAGGAAUUAAGCCGAACGAUUGCAAUUUUAAUCCGGAAGGCUAUAAAUGCUAG